AAUCUCACCUACUCGUGUAGCAGCUGUAGGGAAUCUAAUCUAAAAAAGGAGAGGAAAGCCAAAGUUUUUAAAAUGUCGAUUAGUAAUCUCCUGACAUUUUGGAAAGGCAAGGAGAGGUUGACUCUGCAUGCAGUAAUCGCACUGACAACAAUUUUUAGUCAACAAGCAUUUUCGUUCUUCACCUUCAAUUGUCCAUGCAAGGCAAGAUUGAAUCUAUACUAUGCCCUGGCUUUUAUUGGAGUCCCCGCACUGGUCCUGUUGAUUCUUGGAUAUGCUUUUAAUGAUCUGACCUGGAAAUUAAUCAUGAGUUUUAGAGGUGGAGCCAACAUGAAGCUUAAUAAUUUCAAACUAAUCUGCUAUGUCAUGUUCAGUGUAACGGGAACAGCUGUCAUCGCUCCAGUGACUUGGGUGGCAGUCACACUGUUAAAUGGCUUGUAUUAUCAGUGCGGCAUGAGUGAGUUUUUGUCAGUGAGCAGCUGGAAUGUGUUCCAAAACAUCACCCUCCGUGAGCGGAGGGAUAUUCUCGCUCGAUUUCCCUGUCUGAAAGUGAGCAUUAAGGAGAUACGAAAUAUCAGCGAAAUAAGAAAUGAAGGCAAUCGGAUUCUUCUGUAUCAGUCCCAGGUGGCUGGAUGGAUUUUAAUUGCUUCUGUGACUAUCAUUGCUUUUCUGACUUUUUGCAUUCCAAGAUAUUGUUCUCCACUCAGUUUUGUGCACCUAAACUACUGGGCACAGUACCUAGAAAAUGAAAGUUCACUCUUUCAGGAGACGGCUAAAAAACAUUCUCAACUCUAUGCUUCGAAUCACAUCAAGAAGUUCUUUGGGUUUAUUGCACAGCAAAGUGAAGUGAAGAAAAUCCGCUUGCCUACCAGAAGGGACUGGAGAAUGAUCUCUGGCAUUAAUAUGUUCACUAAAUUGGAGCAUGACCCCUGUCAAUACAGUCUCCUGCAUACAUGGGCUGAUGAAACAACUGCAGGUGGUGACUAUAUUCCAGUAGAUGAUGUGGUGUCUGAAGCAUAAAUUAUUAAUUGACUUUCCUUGUGAACACAAUCAUUGUAGUCACCCCAGAAAUAUAUCCAUUCUGACCCGAUUAAAGUUUGCAGAUUCUGCCACAUGCUUAACAGGUUUUGCUUUAACCUCUCAGAAUUUGAGUUGUUAAGAUACUUGUGAACUCCUGACAUCUUGACUUCAGCUCUACACACUUGCAGUAAAAUCCUUUGAUGUGUUUCUUCUAAGAUGAUCUCUGUUUUCUCAAUCAAUCAAAAGCAAGAGUCUCUCAUAACUCAACAUAUGACAGAACAUCAAGUAGAGCAAUUGCUUUGGGAGCUUGGCAUCAUGAACACAAGCUGCAAGUUCCAACCAACAGAGUCAGUUUUGUGUAAUUAUCACCUCAGUACUGAGCAAGUUUACUUUGCAGUGGAUGCUACUGUUGACCAUCUUUCUUGCUAUGAGAUUUGGAAAAUCUUGCAAAGCCAACAGUGGUAGAACAUCUCCAGUGAUUUUGAUGUGCCAGCUGCAGGAUGUUCAAACCUCUAAAGGGUGCAAGAGUGUGGGGAUCAUUGUAGCCAAAUAAACCAUGAUCUUAGUCUCAGAGCUUUAAACUCUCUUUCCCUCAGUUUGCUGAAGGCUAAGCAUGAUGCAUUUGAGACAAUGAUAAAUUUUGUGAUUUAUGUAUGGCUACAUUAGGGGGAGGCUCCUGAGAAGUGCAAAUUAGUCCACCUGAGGUUCAAUUAUAUAGACACUGAUGACUAUUUCAGUGAUCAAUUUUAGUGUUUGAGGGUAGACAUUUGAUAUCAACUACUCCAGUUGAGAACAAAUUGCCCUGACAUUCACAGACAUUUUUUCAGCUAUCAUUACUGAGUGGAAAUCUUGGCCCAUUUUCAUUUUUCUUUGCUCAGGGUGGCUUAUAGCAUAGCAAUCAUUGCCUUAGCUCAGAAAAGGCUAAGGCAUUAGAACUUAAAAAUGUGUUGCUGGAAAAGCGCAGCAAGUCAGACAGCAUCAAAGGAGCAGGAGAAUCGACGUUUCGGGCAUAAGCCCUUCUUCAGGGCAUUUGAACUUCAGAUGGAGCAUUUGAACUUCAGACUCACCAGGUAUAGCUCAGUUACACUGGCUAGUUUUCUCAAACUGAAUGCUUACGUGUGACAUGUAUGAAGAAAUGACUGGAAUGCUGAAUGAAGCCCCUGAGAAUGUAAGCAAAUGUUACUUAUUGGAUAGUCCCAUUUCAGGGUUACCUUUCAUAAUUCACUUAGAGUAUUAACUUAGGAGUUUUUGUAGUGCAUUGUCAGCGUCCUUACCCCAGCACAAAAACUUAGAUAUAAGUCCUGUUUCUGGACUUGAUAGCCACAUAUUUCAUUCAUAAAGUAGAUUGAUUAACCAGGUUUAAUAUCAACUUAUAAUUUUCCCAAUGAUAGCAGGCCUGCUCAUUUACUGAAACAGGAAACAUCAGACAAGCACAAUACUUGAAAAAUACUCAUAAAAUAAUCUAGUAGAAGACCAGGUUUAUCAAUACCCUCUUUGUGGUUGUACCUAAACAGAGAGAGAGAGAGAGAGAGUAGCAAUUUGCCUUUAAAUAGUAUCUUUAAUGUACUAAAAGGCUCAAGUAGCUUAACAGGAGUGUUUCAAGUUUAAUUUGACUCUAGGUCACAAAAGGAGAUAUUCAGAAAGAUGAUCAAAUUGAGACAAAAACAUAGGUUUCCAGGUUGCAGAUUGGAAGUUGAGAUCAAGGACUUGGGCUGUGCAGAUUGACUUCAGUGGAGAGAAAUUAGGGCAGAACCAAAGUUGGAAUCCAGAACGGCAGUAAUUGUGAAGGGAAGAAUGAGGGGGAACAUGGUGACCAGUUACUUCAAAGUAGAAUAAGGAGUGUUCCUCCAAAAUCCAAAUUCAGUUGUUAUUCUCCUUCUUGGUAGCAUCUAGCAGGAACUGCCUGCCUUGGAUUUCAUGAAUGCAAACAAAACUGGGAGUUUUGUCUUUACCCAUAAGGCAAUUAGCUCACAUUUGUCUAGAAAUAUGUAUAUGCUGUUUGCCAAACCUUUUAGCAUCUUUGUAGUUUUUAUGAAAAGUGUGUGAUAUAUGUAGGGUAUAUAUUAGUUUAAGAGUUUGAAUUUCAAAAUAGUUACUUUUGUGAAGGGAGUUUCUCUGUAGGACUGUCCUUCCAGAAUAGUUCCCUAAUCCAGUAUGUGUCCGUGAGCACGGACUGUAAAUGGAAUAAAAUAUUUGCACUGGGUAUUUAUGACAGUCUUCAAUGUUUAUUCAACCUACUACUUUGUUUUCAGUUGGGAAUAAUCAAGGAUUGAUUUGAGUUUAAAAAACCUAGUAACUGAACAUUUUAGGGCAAUUCAUAAACUGGAUUGGGAUCAGAAGUCAGUUCUAUUUUAGAAAGGGAGAUUUUCAAAGCAUUCAAGGACAAAGUUACCUCAGCUUUUAAAUUGAACACUUUUUGAACCAGGAGUAUUUGGUUAUAAAUCUGCAAUUAAUUAAAAGUUGAGAAAGUCGAAGCCAUUGGUUUUGUGAGUAUUCAUGUAAGCAGAGCCCACAGUUGACAAACAAAAAAAAGUGAAUCAGUUCAUAGAAUUUGAAAUUACCUUUCAAUGUCAAAUUUUUAAUGGAUUUGAGUAUUUAUGUAAUAGUGUCAGGAAGC